UGGAAAAGAGAUCAAGAAAAAAAAAAUCAUAUACAGUUGUCUAUUUUUGGUUCCUCAUCCGAAUUCUUUCUGGGUCAUUCUCUUUCUGGUUACCGCACUUUCGUCUUUUUUCAAUUUUGAUGGAUAAUAAUAAAGGUAAAGCUACCAAAACCCUAGCUACAUCUUUGCAAAACCUAAAUUUGAAUCCCCAAUCCAAUUUCAAAUCCAAGUCCUCCAUUGCAGUAAUCAACCAUCCUCAAUUUCCCGGAUUUCUAUCUAAGAAGAAAAAGCCUCAAAGUCUAGUCAACCUUUGCAUUGGAGUUCUUGGAAGACAUUUGGAGGAUAUUAUUGAAGAUUUGGAAGAGAUUGCUAUCGGCUUGCCGGGUGAUAUUAAGUUAGCAGUGGCAGCUAUUGCUAGACGAAGAAAGUUGCUGAAUGAUGAUGUCCUGAUUGCGUUAGCUGAUGCUUCCUGGGAAAUUCUUGAUGUCUCUGGCUCAGAUGUUUCGGAUUUUGGCUUGAUAAAAGCAGCUGAAGUAUGUAGAUUCAUUAAAGCUCUGGACAUAAGCCGGUGCACCAAAAUUACUGCAAUUGGUAUAUCUGAACUUGUGAAGCACUGCCAUUCAUUGGAGACAUUAAGAUGCGGAGGGUGUCCAAGGAGUGACAACACAGCGCAGAGAUGCUUAAAUAUAUUUAAACCAAAGCUAGAGUAUGUGGAAGAGGAUUCUUGGGAGGAGCUUGAUACUAAUGAAAUUGCUAGUGGUGCACAAUCACUCAGGUGGCUAGUGUGGCCAAACAUUGAUAAUUAUUCUUUAGAGGACUUUUCUGCGGAGUGCCCGCGUAUCAUAGUAAAUCCUAAGCCAUCUCCGUUUGGGUUUAUGGGAACUCAGGUUCCUUUUGAAGCAUUUCAAAAUAUCAUAUUAGAUGAUGAAGUUGUCAAAGAGAUUGAUCCUAAGACAUGGACAAUGCAUGGGAUUGCAAAUAGGCGCGUCUGUCCACCACCUUCUUCGAGCUCUACUGAAUUAUCAGUUGCUGAAAAAUUCAGACUUGCCUUUGAGGAAAGAGACAACCGGUUAGCUCCGAAGCGAGCUAAAAAUGCCCGGCAACAUCAGCGUCGGGCAGCACGGGACUUAUUGUUGAUGAGCACAAGAGCCAAGUCAAUGGUCUUGGCAUCGCAAGUAAGCAAGUCUCUACAUAGUUGAAAUUCAUAGCCUCAAAAUUAUAAAAUGAUGAAUAUCUUUUGGGUCAUCUUAAAAUGUACUAUUAACUUUUGUAUAUAUUUAAGAAGUUUUUGGUUA